CGGGCCUACUGCUCUUCUCCCCCUUCCCCCCCCCGUCUCACCUGCUCGCUACUUCACAGAUGGAAGAAGAGACAACACUAAACAGCAUGAAAACACAGAGGCGCAUUUUGUUGCCAGAUGACCAAAUAACAGUACUACAUCAGCAGAUGAUGGAAAACCGCGCAUCCUAUCGUCAGAAACUGCAAAGUUCCCAAGAAGCGCAACACCGUCAGGCAAUACUUGUUCAAAAGUUACAGGCAAAGGUUUUGCAAUAUCGAAAUUGGUGCAAAGAAUUAGAAAAGCGUCUGGAAUCCAACAGUGAUUCUCAUCCACAUCUACGGGAUCACAAAGUGGAACAGAAUCUAGAAAAUCUAUUGGUUCAUUUGGAAGAAGAACAGCAGAGAUGUGAGAAUUUGGGUAGAGUUAAUAUCUUGCUUCGGAAACAAUUGGACAAAGCCAGUGAAGUGAAUGAGGCACUCCAGGAAGAUAUCAAUAAAUUGACAGAUGAUUGGACAAGAGCCAAAACUGAAUUAGAGCACAAAGAGAGUGACUGGCACAAGGAACGGGAGCUCUUUGAACACUAUAGGCAAUCUGAACAUGAUCGUAUCCUUGGCAUUUGGCGGCAAGUGGUGACAUUACGUCGACAUUUUUUGGAAAUGAAGACAGCAACCGACAGGGAUUUGUCUGAAUUAAAAGCUGACCAAGUGAGGCUUUAUGGCUCUGUAUUGAUCAAUUGUUUCCAUGUGAGCGCUGAUGCACAGUUUUGGGAGACCAAGAAUUUGGAAGAUUCAGUCCUACGAUGCCAGCUGCAGGAACGGCAACAACUUGGUAAAAAAUUAGAGAAAAUAGAUACAGAGAAAGAAAAAUACAAGCAAGCAAAAGCAAUUGUGACAUUACAUGUCAAAGGAGAUUUUUCAAAGGAAGAUCUUCAGAACAGAGUGCUUGAGUUGACUGCUUUGCUUGAAGAGUCUCAUAAACAGAAUGAAGAGAAGGAGAAGACAGUGAAGGCUCUAAGAGAGACGGUGGAAAUGCUGAAUUUGAAGAUAGAGUGUGACCAAACACCAAGCAAAGAUAUCAGUGAAGAGAUAUUUUCUCUGCAACACGUAUUAACAGAAAUUACCCAGGCACUUAUUAGUGAGAAUGAUGCAACAAUUGGCAUCAGGCAAGUUGAAAAGUAUGCUGACCCUUGUGGUAUCGUGGAACUGAAUACUGGUGAUUCAGAUGGGACCCUUCUUCUUUUACGUGAUGUGCUUGCUAGGAGAAGAAAUCAAGUAGAGCAAUUGAGGCAACAGCUAUUGGAAAGUCAAGAUUCUGCCACUGCUUUGGAAAAGCAACAAAAGCAGCAGGAAGAGCAGUGCAGCUUCCUAAGUGAUAAGAUAGAACGACUAGAAGGAGAACGAGACACAUAUGCAAGCCAGCUUCAGCAUUUACAGUCUGUGCUGGAGACUUAUCAUAGUGAUCAUGAAACCCUGGACAAAUCUAGAAUGGAACUGCAGCAACAGCUGGAGAUUUUGGAAGAGGAGGCCCAGCAUUUACGCCAAAGUAAUACAGAGCUACAGCUGAAAGGAGAUAUGGCAGAUGGAGAGAAAGAAGAAAAACAGGAUGAAUUGGAAAGGCUAAUGCGUGAGAGAGAAUACAUUCAGGAAGAUCAAAAUGCUCUUGAAGAAAAGCAUUCAUUAAUAAAAAAUGAAUUGAUAGCUAUGAGAGAAUCAUUGGAAAAAUCUCAUCUUGAUGGAGAACUGAUGAAGCAAGAAAAACAUGAACUUGCUUUAGCAUUAGAGCAGGCUGAAGAGUCUCUUGCAAAGCUCACUAGUGUGCACAAUCGGCUAAAGGCAGAAACUGCUAACCUUCAUGACACAGUUACAAAGAUGAGUGCCCUUAAUGAAGCACUAGCACUGGAUAAAGUGAGUUUAAACCAACUAAUUUUGAAGUUAGAACAAGAAAACCAAGCUCUCUUGGACAAAGUAGAUCACAUGGAAAGGAGAGGGGCUUCCUUGCAAAAGCAUCUUAACCAGACAGAAAGAACAAAUGAAGAAUUAUGUGCAGAGAAGUUUCGGUUGGAACAGUUGCUGCAUAAGGCCGAGGAGCUGCAGGAAAGCUUGCAGAAUGAAUUGAGAAUAUUAACAGGUGAAAAGGAAGAGGCAAAUGAGAAGCUGAGUCAAAUACAUCAUCAGAAUGAAACAUAUCAUACUAGUCUGGAACAAGCAAAUCAAGAGCUAAUUCAUACACGGGAAAUACUGUCCAAGGCUUCUAGAGAAAAGGAAUCACUAAUGCGUGAAAAAACUGCUUUGGAAGUACGACUAAAAGUUGUUGAGAGAGACAGACUGACUCUUACAGAGCAGGUAUCAAAAUUUAGGUCAGGAAAAGAUCUUUUGGAAUCAAAUUUCUUCCAGGCUCAACAGCAAUUAUCUCAACUAGAAGUUACCCGAGAUCAACUGGAAAUGAAAAUUCAGACAAUUAGCCAGGCCAAAGAAGUGAUACAAGGAGAAGUGAAAUGCCUUAAGGCUGAACUGGAAGCUGCAAAAUCAAAAGUUGAACAAGAGAAAGAAGAAAAAGCACAGCAGCUAUCACAGAUAGAGCAGAAGUACCAAGAAACCCUCAGCCACUGCAACACUGAACAUAAAGAAGAAAUGGACAUACUCUCUCAGAAGCUGAGAAAUGAACGUGAACGUCACCAAAUAGAAUUGGAACAUGUUGUCACGGAGAAAGAAGAGAUUGAAAGUGUCUAUGAAAGGAAGCUGUUGGAACUGCAGCAGAAGAUCACUGAAAUUCAAACCCAUAUGGAGGAUGAGCUCAUUAAAGCUGAAAAUGCAAAACAAGAGGCUCUUCUAGAAAAAGAGAAUGAAAAGAAACUGUUACGAGAGGAAAUCUUCCAAACAAAUGAAAAACUUGCUAAUACUUCUCAGCAGCUGGAGUAUCUUCAUCAGGAGAUGAAAAAGCUUGAAAAGAGGGAACAGAGUAAUGUACAACUUCUGGAAGCUAAGCUGAAAGAUAGCACAAAUACAAUGAAAACAUUGAAAAUAAAGCAAAAGCAGGAAAUAAAAUCUCUCAAAGAAGAAAUAAAUCUUCUACUUAAUCAGCAAAACAGUUUACAAAAUCAGAUACAAGAGUUGGAGUUCCAACUGCUGGCUGCAAAAGAUUCUUGUAAACUGUUUAACCAAGAGGCUCAGCAGCAUUUAAGAGAAAAGCAAGAAUUGUCUGAACUGAAGGAACUUGAAGUGUCACAACUACAAAAGGUGCUGGAAACAGAAAGAAGACAGAAAGAGGAGGUCAUACAGCAGAACAUUAAGUGGCAGAGACAGAAGGAAGAGUUGGAACAAAGAAACAUAGAACUGACAGCUAUGCUGCAAAGUCAGUGGGAGACUGAAAAACACCUAAACAGCAAGCUACUAAGAAAGCAGGAAGAGGUCGAGCACCAUCAGACCACUGUUCAAGCCUUGGAAAGAAAGCAGAGUCAGUGGGAAAAAGCGGAGCUUCAGAAUUCUGAGCUCCAGAGGCAAUGGGAAGAGGCAAAAUCUCAAAUCAAACUGCUGCAGAAUCAGAAAAGGGACACAGAGCUUCAGAACAGAAAUCUGCAGCAACAGAAAGAGGAGGUGGAACUUAAGAAUGCCAGACUGAAAGCUGUACUUCAAAGGCAGCAGGAGGAGGCAGAACACGAAAGUGCCCUGCUUCAGAGCCAUUGGGAAGAGGCACAAAAACGCUGUUCCGAGUUACAGAAUUGGAAAGAAAAAGUUGAAUAUCAGAAUGCAGAAUUUCAGGCCCUUCUUCAUAACAAGCAAGAAGAAAUGGAAAAUAAGGAUACAUGUAUGAAGAAAGAACAAAACCAGAAUUUGGAGCUUAAGGCAACAUUGCAAACUCUGGAGCACGACCGAGCUAGCUUGAUUCUCUCAUUGGAGGAGAAGGAGUUCAGACUCAAGAAACUUCAAGAGAGGGACAAUGCUCAUCAGGAUGAAAUCACCAAAUUGAAUAGUGCCCUACACCAAGCAGAAAAGAUGCUUGCUGAGCACAAACAAGAAGUGCCAGAAUUCAUUAGCCAGAUGGAAUCACUCAAGCAGAUGAUGGUACAGAAGGAGGCAACUUUGAUAGCUCGUGAGGAACAGCUAACUCAAGAUCUGGAAGUUUCCCAUGCAAAUCAGCAACAUGCCAAAGACACUAUACAAAAGCUGGAGGCCGAAGUGUCCCAGUUACGCUUAAGCCUAUGUAGCACAGAGAGUAGGGCAGAGGCACUGGCAUCUGAAUGUCAGCGUGUUUGUUCGGUUCAUUGGGAGGCCCAAGCUCAGCUGAUAAAGCUACAAUCGGUACUUCAUUACAUGCUGUGUAACAGUCCUGAGCCAAAACUUAGAGGGCAAGGAGACCAAAGCAGUUGGAGUUCACCAUUCCUUAAUAGAGAACAGGAUAAUGUGAAAGAACUGGCUUUGUCUCAACCUAAGGACAGUUCCACAGAACUUACAGCGGAGAGAGUAGCAGAAGCACUUCAAGACUUGCGGCAAGAUCUCUGGCGGGCUCACCUUCAACUGGAUGAAGCAAGGAAGAAUUCUGAGAAGUUGAAACAAGAACUUAGUGAGAAGGAAACAGAAAGGAUACGCAUUAAUGCCAAAGCCGAAGAGCUGCAAAAGUGGCUGAACCAGUGCGAAGAAGAAAAAUGUGUAGUUGAAGGCAGACGCAGCUCCCUAGAGUCUGCUUUAAAGUUAGAGGUCAUUGCUUUCAAAGAAGAGAAUGUGAGUCUACGUGAAAAGGUGACCAGUUUGGAAACAAAACUUGAAAACACAGAGACACAAAGGAAAGGCUUGGUGAAUGAACGGGGCACAUUACAAAUGACCAAAGAAAAGCUCACACGGGAGUUGGGGCUUCUUCGGGAAUCAGUCAAAGCUUCAGAACAUCGAGCAAGUGCCCUGGAAAAGAUGAAUGAGUCCCUGGAGCAAGAGCUUCAAACAGCUCUCUCCACUCUCAGAAAUAAACAUGAGGAAAUCGAGACUCAUCAAAAGAGAUUGGUGGCUUUGCAGAAAGAGGUAGAGGUAGGAAGAACACUUCAGGAAACUGUGGAUCAGCUCAAUGUUACUUUAGAAAAGAGAAAUGAAGAAAUAAAAGACCAGCUACAGCAGAUUAGGGAUUUAGAGACUCACAAAGAAAUGCAAAAAGCUGCCUUAGAGCAUCUCACUAAAAAUCUAGAAAACAGAAGCAAAGAAAUUGACUCCCAAAAAAUGCAAAUUGAAGAAAUGACAAUGCAAGAUAAGAUGCAAAAGGCCGAUCUCAAAAAAUUAAAUCUAGAUCUAGAAGAGACUGUUCAGACUUUGAAAUCCCAACAAGAAAAGCUUCAAAAACUACAAGAGUUAUCAGAAGGCCAAAAAACGAUCAUUGAAAGCCUAUCUCUGAAUCUGGAGGAAAAAAUCAAGGAAGCUAACAUCAAAGAGGAGAAAAUUCAGAUUAUAGAACAUAAUGAAUCAGCACAAAUUGGAGCUUUGCUGAAAGAUCUAGAUGACCUGAAAAUAAAGAUGAAUGAAAAAGGUUGGGAACUUGCAUCUCAAAAACAGCUACUUCAAGAAUGGGAAGAACAAGGGGAAAAGCGUGAGAAAGCUCUUUGUACGAGCCUAGAACACAUGAAAGCCAUUAUUAAGGACAAAGAACGGGAAAUAGAAUCCCAGAGGGAACAGAUAUCAAUUUUUCAACGGCUUGAAGCACAGAAGGAAGAGCAUCUCAGUGAGCUUUCUGAGAAGCAGAAGCAGAUGACAUUGACUUUGACUCAAAGAGAACAAGAACUCAAGGCACAAGAAAAUCAAAUGAAAGAAAUGAAAGAAGAAAUGGAAAUAGAAAGAAUGGCUUUUCAUGAACAUAAAGCAAAGACACAGGCAACUUUGGAGGAAAAGAACAGAGAAUUGGAGUUCCAAAGGAAGCAUGAAGAAGAAUCGAAAAGCCAAAUAAGAGUUUUACUUGAAGAUAUCCAGUACAGCUCAGGAGCGCUAAAAGAGAGAGAUGGUAAUGCAGAGUUUCCAGAUGAACAAAUAAACCAAUUGAAAAAGCAAAAAUUAAAGGAAACUACUUUUGAUAUGCUGGAACAACUCAAAAUAUUCUUCAGGAGGCAACAAGAAGAAAUUGAGUCCCUGAAAGAGCAACAUGAAAGGAAUACAGAAGAGAAUGUAGGGCUAAUAAAAGGAUUGCAAGCAGAAGUUCAGCAAGCAAAACAAGCUUUAAAAAAUGGAGAAUUGCAGAUCAAAUAUUUAAAGGAGAAGAAUCUCCAGCAAGUUCAACAACAGGAGGGACAGACAAAAUUUAUCUUAGAUAAACUGCAUCUUACUAGAUCUUCCCUUCAUGACAAAGAAAAGGAAACAAAAUCCUUGCUAAAGCAUAUCAAGGAACUCUCAAAACAGAAAGAGGAAGUACAGCAUACUGUUUUAAGUCUACAGCAGGAUCUGGAUAGGAUUAAUCAGUUGAAUGCAGAGAAAGAAGAGCUGCUCAAGCAAGCAGAACGAAUUAGUAAAUACCAGACUAAAGUAGAAGCCACACAGCGGGAGCAAAAAAGUAAGGAAGAUCUUUUGCAAUAUCAACACAAAAAUGAGCAAGAACACGAAAGACACCCCAGAGAGCGAGAUAAAUUGCUUGACCAACAGAACAAAGAGAUAAAUUAUCAAGAUGAGAGACAUCAAAAACCAAUGAAAGAUGAGUCUGAAGAGCAGCAGGAGCAUCUCCAGCUUAUACAGAAGAAAGACGAUGAGAUUAAAUUGCAAAAAGGAAAAAUUGAGCAACUGGAAGAGAGACUCAAAGAUAAAGGGAGGGACUUACUAACCUACAGUGAUCAGAUAAAGCAAAUAAUCUCAGCUCUGAGAUUGCAUGAUAACGAAGAAUACAAUUUCCAUAAUUGUAUUGAGAAAAUUUUUAUGUGGAAGGAAGAAGAACUAGUUAAAAACAAGGUUAUUAAGGAAAAAGACCAGUGCUUGCAAUGGCAGAAGGAAAAGAUUGAACAUUUGGAAAAUGAGAAAAUGAUAAACAGACAGGAAUUGAAUCAUAUGACAGCUGUUCUAAAACAGACAGAAAGUGGUGAGAUAGAAUGGAAGCAGAAGGCCCAGAAGUUGGAUCUGACCCUUGCCCGAAGUGAAGAGGCUCUGAGAAUUUUAAAGGAAGAAAUGGCUGUUACACAGAGCAUGUUUUCAGAAAGGGAUAUUGAUAGGUUUCAUCUCCAGGAACAAUUGGAUACAGCUUUCAAAACUCUGAAGGAGGCAAGGUUUAUUAUUGAAACUCUGGUGGGAGUUUCUGAUCUGCUAUGCAGUGAAAAUGAUAUACCAGGGGUUCAGCAUAAUGAGGACGGAAAGGCUUUGAAAAAAGAGGGACAGCUGACAUGGACGGCUGAAAAACGACUCUUGUAUAGGCGUUUACAACUUUUGCAGCAAGCUGUGGCCAGGCUGGAGAAUGAUAAACAUGGUUUAGAGAAGCACAAUGCUCAAUUGAGAGAUGCAUUGCAAGAGGUAGAACAUGAACGAAGGAAACUGAAAAGGAGUCAUGGAGACUUUUCUCUAAGUUUUGAAUAUUCACAUGCUGACUCUGGGUCACAAAAGAUUCUCUCCAUUUCAAAGAAAGAAACCCAGGUUCUCCAAAAGCAACUGGAAGAGUUACGAAAACAGGUUUUUGUUCUACAAUCACAGCUAUCACUGGAACGGAAGCAGAAGCAGAAUUAUAUCAUCAACUGUACUAAAACAAAUCAAGAGCUUUCAGAUUUGCAUCAAGAGCUUGUAAACUCUUUAGCUGUUGUGGCUAGGAAACCUGAUGCAAAUGUUUUGGAAUCAGAGACUCGCAGGCUUGAUGAAACCUUGAAUAAUAGCUUCACAUUGGGAACUAUGGGCUCAGACAGUGUCUUAUCUGGAAAACAUCUAUCAAGCUCAACACCCAAAAGUGUUCAUCAGAAGCCCACAAGGUAGCAUAAAAGUGGCAAAAGCAAGAAAUUACAGGGGCUCCAGCACAAGCAGAGUUUUAAAAGUUGCUGAUAUGAUGGAUCCUUCCUUGUAUUCAGCUAGCCUUGAUUUCCAUGGUCUAUCUGCCAGUUUUGAUCCUUCAGAAUAUAAUUCCAGAUUCUUUGGAAUCAGUGAAGAUCAUCUCAAUACAGCCUAAGAAAAAACAAAAGUAGUUGAAAGGCUGUGUAUUAAGUGGCUGAAGAUAUGCAGUGUGAAAAUCUUUGGACAUAACAAAAUUCAAAGCCAGUCUAUGAGAACUAAACAAAGAAAUUACUCCUUGCAAUCAUUUCCGAUAAGAAGAAUGGAAAUUCAUUCCAGGAAAUGAGUCAUUAAACUAAAUUAAAAAGAUUUCCCACUUUAUUUUGUAUAGACACAUGGGACAGUACUUGUUCAGAGAGAGGAAUCUCAAUCUAAACAGUCAUUUUGGUUUAAUAAUGUUAUUGAUAGAGAUAUCAUUUCCUAAACUAUUGUACAGCAAUUUGGUAUAGAUAUAUCUAGAGGGUUUUUAUAACAUUUUGUACUAAACCGUUUUCUUAUAAUAAAAAUGCA